AGUUUAAUAAAUUACCUCAGUCUAUUGUAACAUUUACACUAGCAUAUUGUAACAUACACAUUUGAUGGCUUCUACUGAAAACCCCGAUCCAGAAACCGGCAAAUCUGAACCGCUUCCGGCGUCAACUGAGCCACUAACACCACCACAAGCACCGUCCUCAGCCUCCGGUUUCCUAGAUUGCCGGAAAAUAGACAUCAUAAUAAGAGUUCUGCUUUUCUCAGCCACACUGACUGCUCUUAUAGUAAUGGUGACUAGCGACCAGACGGAGAUGACUCAGCUCCCUAGAGCUCCAUCUCCUGCUCCUGUCUCCGCCGAGUUCAGUGACUCGCCCGCUUUCAUAUACUUCGUGGUGGCUCUUGUGGUGGCUGGUUUCUACGCCUUAAUCUCAACAAUUAUUUCUAUAUCUCUACUCUUGCGACCUGAGUUCGCUGCACAGUUCUCCAUUUAUAUAUCUUCCUUUGACAUGGUGGCGCUGGGGAUUUUGGCGUCUGCGACGGGAACGGCGGGAGGAGUUGCGUACAUAGCGCUGAAAGGAAACGAAGAAAUUGGAUGGAACAAGAUUUGUAACGUCUACGACAAGUUUUGUCGUUACAUUGCAACGUCGCUUGCCUUAUCUCUCUUUGCUUCUCUUCUGCUUCUAGUGUUAUCCAUUUUCUCUCUGUGGAAGAGAACAACAACAUGAACAACAUGAACAAGCUGUAAACCGCAAUGACAAAUCCUAUGGAUCCUAAAGUGUGCUUUGUUCACACGUGCGUGUGUGUGUGUAUCGCGUGUCUGAUUUUGUUUGCUCGUUUAUAUCUUUCUAUCUCAUGGUGUUGUUUUUUUAUUUAAACGUAUCUCAUGGUGUUGCUGUAACUUGUGAUCAUAAGCAUUCGUUUCUGUCCA